CCGCCAGUUCAAGAAAAAUACGACCUCGCUCUUUCACAGUCUAUUCUACUUUAAUCACAUUUAAUGAGACACCUUCGCGACGCGACAUGCAGCUAUGCCCCAAGAACAACUAUUCAUAUGACUUCUGAUAAUACCACGACGCUGGCGUUGCGAUUAAAUCGAAUGACUACCCCCACACUCUUUUCUUCUUCAAACAUGCGUUACGAGGACCCUAGCGAACUUUCAAGGUUAUCUUCAGAUUCUCAGUACAAUGGGCUCCUAAAGUCACCUUCUCGUCGCCUCCUCGCUGGGCUUGGAAUUCACUACCAAAUUGAUUCCAGUAAUUUCAUGCAAGUCGCCGAGGGACACUAUUUGUACGGCGAGGGACAAAGUGCUUCGUAUAUGGGGGCGGACGAUAUCAGUAGCACCCCAGAUCAUUCAAACCCCCCGUGCGCGGCAUUCCAACUAACAGAUCAUACUGCCGGAAUCCUCAGUCACUUAAACGAGUCUCAAAGCUCCUUCACUUUUUCAAGCGACACCUCGUUGCCUAACCUUGGGCAUUCCUCUUCAUCGUCAUCGGCUUCCCUAGCUUCCGCUCCGUCAGUCACUGAAAAUGAGGAAGGUCAGACUUCAAGAGAGUUCUCCUUGGCUCGUCACCUCGCGGAUGAUGUUCUCUCUUGUUCACCUUCCAACAUUGGUCUCAUUCCUGACGUCAACAUGUACAACCUCGCACUGUUUACGAAGUCACCCAGUGUAGGUGUCGAUCCCUCAGCCAUCAUGGGAUGGUUACCCGCGUCCCCUCCAGCAUACCUGUCGCCCCACCUCACCCCUCGCAAUGUUACCUUCCGAUGCUCUCCGCCCCAUAUUCACGAUUCAGUUCCCUCCACUCUUGGCCCGAUGCAGGAAUUUACCCCCAGUCCACCAUCUCAGGAUUGCCCAUCGCCACGUCUAAUUCACGAUAUUGUUACCAUCUUGUCCACUUCUGCAACACAGGAAACUGUCCAGCCGGAGCCUAUGCCAGUCAUAUAUAGCGAACAGCCGUCCUUCGAACAAUGCGCUCCGCAGAAGAGGGCUAGGGCGUCCCCGAUAAUUAAGUUGGAGACAUUGCCUGAUGCAUCUAUACUGCGUGUGUUCUCCCCAAAUCAAGAGGAGCGUUACAUUUUUUCUAGCUACGACAAUUUUUCGUUCCCUUCUUCCAACGAUAUGUUUCCGCCAAGGCACACCACGGUCGAUCCAGAUCGCAGCAUCUACAACGAUCUACAUCCAUCGCCAAUUCUCAACGCGCACAUGGGAAUUGAGUUGUCUGAGCUCGCCUUCAGAGCCGAGCGCUAUAGGGCACGCCAUUCUGUACAAGAGAUCGAUCGAGGAUGGUUGAUGCAUUUCGCGGGCAAGUUGAGCGACCGCGGAGAGCUUAUAGAAGAGUUCCGAUGUUACGUCGUCGGGUGUGACCAGAGGAACAAGCGCCGAGAUCACAUCAUCGUACAUGUCGGGGCUCACGUUGAUCAACGGCCAUUCAGCUGUUCCAUGUGCCCACAACGGUUCCUCCGCAAGAACGAAUGCAAACGUCAUGAAGCGAGCCAUACUGGCGUGAGACCCUAUCAUUGCGAAAUUUGUGGGCAGACCUUCGUUCGUCAAGAUCUGCUGAAGAGACAUGCCAAGCGGACCCAUGGAUUAGAGAAGGGCUCACGCCGUAAGAAAGCAAGGAUUGAGUGAUUGAGUAAUCAGCAGAGCUUUUCUUGGCCGACAAUGGAGACACUUUCUAAUAUUGGUGACAGUCAAGAUGUUGUUUGGCUGAUGAAAUUGUGAAAGACAUGAUUGAAAACAUUGAUGUUGCGAUGGUG